GUUUCAACAGUUAAAAUCAUGAAAAUUCCAUCGCAAGUAAUUUUUGCCAUAAUCCUUACCUUGUGUCUUUCCCAGGCAUCGAACUGUCGUGCAGAUGAAGAAGACGACAUCAACCCCAACGAACCGGAUGCUGCAGAACAGGAAGUGGUGGAAAACUUUGAAGAAACCAUUGUUGCUCACUCUUCGGCUGAAGGGGAAAUUGAAUCAUCGGUUAACGAAUAUGGACAAGCUCAAAUAUCUGGCGUCAACAUAUUAGUUGCACCAAGGACCUGUCCCAAGGGGCAAAAACUCGAUCACCGCGGUAAUUGUCGGAAAGUAAGCUAUUUCUAGAGCGGCCCCUGUCAACCGACUUCGAUGACGACUGUGUGACCUUCGUCUGAUUAACGGUGCUACGGUGGGCAUUUGUGUGACAUCACUCAACUGAAUUACGCUUAUUCAAAAGCAGAAGAUUUCCUUACUGGUAACCAAGAUGCGAAUUUUAUUUUAUUUACUUAAAAUGAGAUUACAAUUUGAUUAAUAUAUUCUACACAAACUAGUGACGUAGUCUACACCUUCCUUUAGGGUCUGGUGAUUGACCGGGAGGGCAUACGAGUGGUGCAUCGAAAAUAGCAAAACUAUUCGCACCAGCCAUUGGGGUUCCACCAUCGGUCUCCUGUUCAGGAAUCACUGUUACAGGUGCCUCUUCCAAUUGCUUUGGCAUCUCCGUGCUGCUGUCCGCUUGUGAGUUGUAGAUGUUGUAAUAGUAGCUUAACUGAUACACUAUUGGUCGAACGUAGUGAUGGUACUGCUGGGGCACUACCGAUGGGCCCUGCGGUGGAAUUACGGAGCACUGGUAACCGAACAGAAGCUGGACACUGAGCAGAAUUGCGAGGGUGGAUUUCAUGUUUCUUAAAUUAUGUCUUAAGCAGUUCUUCUAAUCGAGUUGCGUUUAUCACAGCUAAUGGUUUACUGAUUUGAGUCCCGGACUGUGCACCAGCUUAUAUUCGAGCAUUGCUCUACACCAUUCGGCAAUGAUAAAUAUUUACAGAAGGAUCGAUGACGUAAAAUUCGGAUGGAUUGUACAGUUUAACGCGUCACGACCUCCACGAGGGUCUUCCAUAAAUGUCGAUCGUACAUAAAGACAAAACCAAACAAGCCGGUUUC